CUCCCACUCCUUUCAUCAUUGAUUCACACUGCUCUCUCUCGCUCUAUCUAUCACGCAUUCUCUCUGUCGCUCCCUCUGCACUGGCACUUGUUGAAUCUACGCUUCGUGAGGAGGACGGAGAGAUGGGAAAGCGGCGUAGCGCUUAUGACAGGCAGACAGGGGGAGUCUUUACAGCACGGAAUGGAAUACCGACAUAGAAGACCGAUUGGAAACGGAAAAGUCAGUCAUGCCGCAGAGCAAAAGAGAAGCCUGUCUUUGUCAGGGGGAUUUAGUAGGGAUGACACUUUAAGAGCGCACGUCAAACUCCGAUUUUGGGACUUCACCACUGCCAACCAGUCAGCCAGCCGCCGCUUUGUCUGCAUGUCGACUGCGAAGACUGUCUGAGCACGUUUCACUGCAUUAGUGCAUGACACUGUUAUGUGCUGCUUUCUCCAGAUUCCAUUGCUCACUGGCGCAUUCUGCUGUCCAUAGCAGAAUUCUCCUGGUCCAAAUAUGUCGCAGCUGCUCCACGUGGAAAUCCCAAACUUCGGUGCCACGGUACUGGGCUCUCUGAACGAGCAGCGUUUGUUAGGACACUACUGCGAUGUCUCCAUCCUGGUCAAAGGCCAGGCAUUCAAAGCUCACCGGGCAGUGCUGGCUGCCAGCAGCCUGUACUUCCGCGACCUCUUCAGCACGUCCACAAAGACCCAGUUCGAGUUGCCCUCUUCGGUCACACCGGCAUGCUUCGAGCAGAUUCUCUCCUUCUGCUACACGGGCAAGCUGACCAUGGCAGCGAGCGAGCAGCUGGUCGUCAUGUACACAGCGGGCUACCUGCAGAUCCAGCACAUCGUGGAGCGCGGCAUGGACCUGAUGUUUAAGGCCAACUCGCCUCACUGCGACUCACAAACGGCCGGCACCUUAGAGGAGACUGGUUCGGAGCCGCAGAGUCCAUGCAACAAUGGCAACGGCCUGGCAGUGGCAGCCCUCCUGGCGAACCCCGGAUGGUCCCCAUCUCUCCUCAUGCCGCCGCGCAAGAUUAAACUAGAGGGUGGCGAUCCCACACCCCUCACCAUUGCAACCACGCAAGGCAAAAUCUCCUCCUCGGAGUUGGGCAAUCGGCUGGCAAGGGCGAGUUCGCUCUUCUACACCACAACCGGAGGGACCACUAUCCCCGGCGUUCCCCCUUACCACCUUCUGGGUGCCAUGGGAGGUGGGACAGGGGGCGGAGCGGUGGGUGAGCGUUCAAGUCCUGGUGAAUCCAGUCUGCCCACCACUGACAGUCCCACGUCAUACCAGAAUGAGGAUGAAGAGUUUGAGGAAGAGCCCUAUGAUGGAAUGGCGGAGGACGGCUUUGGUCACCUCUAUGCACGUUCAGGCAACCCCUAUGGCAUGCCAGACAAGCCCGAGAUUGCAGGCGUGCCGCUGGCCUUGGAGAACCGCAACUGUGUGCUGAUCCGUCGGGACCUGGUGGCACUACCCGCCAGCCUCAUCAGCCAGAUCGGCUACCGAUGUCACUCCAAGCUCUACACCGAGGGAGACCCCGGGGAGAAGCUGGAACUGGUCGCCGGUACACAGGUGUUCAUGACACGAGGUCAGUUGAUGAACUGUCAUCUUUGCGCCGGAAUCAAACACAAGGUCUUGCUGCGUCGUCUGUUGGCGACGUUCUUUGAUCGAAACACUCUAGCCAACAGCUGUGGGACUGGUAUCCGCUCCUCCACCAGUGACCCCAGUCGAAAACCCCUGGACAGCAGGGUCCUCAAUGCUGUCAAACUCUACUGUCAAAACUUCAACCCUAACUUCAAGGAGAGCGAAAUGAAUGUGAUUGCUGCUGACAUGUGCACCAACGCGCGGCGCGUCCGUAAGCGCUGGCUGCCCAAAAUCAAGUCCAUGCUACCCGACGGUAUGGAGGUGUACCGUACCGGCAUGGCCAUGGGCGCAGCCGUGCCAAUGGGCCUGAACCUUGGCCUGGGCGCCAACCCGCAACAGGUGGCGCUUCCAUUCGAGGCUGACUUCAAGAGCUUCGAGCAGAGGCUGUACCCUGAGCGCAAGGACCCCCUGAGGACUCAUCCGUCGCUGGCCAACGGCAGCCCGGGCUCAGCAGCGGCGGCUUCCGAGGCGGAAGGCGGAGGAGUCCAGGAGGAGCAGGAGGAGGACGAGGAGGACGCCGGCUUGGAGACUGUCGACGCCUCGACAAAUUUGAGCUCCAACGGCGGCGAGGCGUCUGCUUGUGGCGACGCGCCGACCGAGCAAGAAGCUUUUGGACAAGGGCUGAGGGUGAACGGACAGUGAAUGUCCCCUCGCAACAUGUUUGUGAAGUUAUGCUUAACCUUUUGCUUGUUCUCCUCCGCCAUCUUUCCUCUUCUUCUUCUUGUGCUUCCUCCGCGGUGCAAAAAGCUUGUGAUCGUACGCCAGGGGAAUUUGCUGCACGUGUACGUGCACAGAGGCGCUUUUGUGCAGCUACCCCAUUGUUGACUUACAAAAAGCGCUCCAAGCAGACACAGGCAUCAAGAUGGUGACUAUCCUAUACUUCACCUUUCACGUAUUCCUCAGAAUUUCACCUUGACAAAUAACAAUGUGACUGGCAUACAAAAGCGCCUCUUUUGCCGGAGCUCUAGAACCUUUUUACAAAGUAGCAAGGAAUUAUCUAAUAGCGAAAAGUGAAAUACACGCAACAUCAAAUGUUCUUUUUUCACACAGUACCUGAAAUGAAGGAAAGAACAUAUUUUACUACCUAUUGUAUCCCUUGGUGAUUGUAUACAUAGUACAGAUAUUUGUUUUGUGUCCAUAUCGCAUUCAAAUUUUCAUCACUGGCCAGAAAUUUGUGAAUGUUUUGUGCGGAGAACACGCUUUUAUUCGGCUCAAGUUAAUAUUUUGUGUACUUUUCACAAAAUCUGAAAUCUGAAAAUUGUAACUUUUUCCAUAUUCAACCAUUUCUGAUAUUUUUUGCCCAGAGAUCACAGUUCUCAUUUAAACAUGUUCAAAUUUCACGUGAGGGUAAACAGGACUUGAUCUCAACAUUCGUCAAAAAUUUUAACUUUAUUCAUAGUUAGCCGUUUCUGAUAUUUUUGUGUGUGGAAAGAUCACAUACAAAAUUGGUGUGUUGGUAACAGUGCUUGAGAGAUCUCGUUUCCUAAGAAUGUUAACUUUCAUCACAGUUAGCCGUUUCACGAUAUUUUUUGUGUGCAGAACACUUGUCACAUUUUUAUUUGUAUAGUGUUAAAAUUUGCUAUGUUUGUAACAGUACUUGAGAUCUCAACAUCGGCCAACAAUUGUAAAUUUCUUCUUAGUUAGCCAUGUCGGAUUUUUGUCAUAGUUUUUAGAACAGGUCAGUUUUGUUUGGAUCACGUUUGUGCGUGGAGCACAUAUCACAAGUUUCCUUGGACCAUUAUCAAAUUCUGUACAGUACCUGAGAUCUCAACAUUCUGUGUCAUAGUUUGACGUUUCCGCUAUUUUUUGUGCGCAUAACACAAGUCACGUUUUUUGGGGGGUCGGAUUAAAGUUUUGAGUGUUUGUAACAACACCUGAGCUCUCAACGUGGGCCAAAGAAUUGCAAUUGGAAUUUUUUUGUGUGUGUGUGUGUGUGUGUGUGUGUGUGUGCGUGCGCGCGCGCACCGAACCAAGUUUCACGGUUCUAUUUGGAUCAUGUUCAAAUUUUGCAAGUUGGUAAGAGCACUUGAGAUUUCAACCUGGGCCAAAAAUUAUCUCUUUCUUCAAUUCAUGAAGUUAUAACACUUGAUUGCAUAGAUUCAAUGUUAUUUCAAUGUUGAAACAGUUAUAUGGUACAUAUACAAUAUCACAAUUAGAGGAUGCCCUAUGGGAUACAACCAUGCAUUUCUUGUUUGUUUAUGCUUAUAGUGCUGUAUCAGUGUGACGAUGCCUAUGUCUGCUUUUGGAACGCGUUCGCUGACCCCACAGACACACACACACACAGUAUAAAUGCUAGGCAACGCAUUGAAAAAAGAAAAUAACCACGCACUGCAACAAUGCUUUUUGUACAACAGUAAUCUUGUCUUGGGGUAAAAGAACAUGCACUAAAUGUUACAUUGCAUGCAUGAGUACCAAGGGUGGCUGAUUACCAUCCAGUCUAUAGAAAACUGCAAGUAUACAAGAAAAUGACUGUGUUGGGGUUAUUUUUAAUUGUAUUUUCUAACUGAGAUCUUACCUCUGCGUGCUAUGUGUUGUCACCUGGGUGUGACCCAGAAGUGACUUGUGUUUGACAUGAUCAACGGUGCGCGCUGCCAGCCCGCCUCGAUGGGGUGUGGGAGGUUUUUCUGAUCGAAGCCUUGUUUUACCUUUACAUCCACAUGAUCCUCCUUCCAUCCUAUUGUAUGUUCUUUCCCCCCCAGAGGGGUAGGGCAGGUAAAUUAUUAUCGACACACAGCUGGCUUCUUACAUUUGCACUCUAAAAUACUUUUUAAAUCAUUUUGCGAAAGAUGUGACUGAAUCUGAGACUGAAAGUGGUCUCCUGUUGGAAUGAAAAUAUAUAUAUAUAUAUUUUUUUUUUUUUUUUUUUAAAGGAGGGCGAUAUCAAAUAUGGAUUUAAGAGCUAUUUAUUUGUCUUGCACAGAUGCUUUUCUAUUUCCAUGCUAUCUAAUCCCAGCCCGUUUUACUUAUUCAUGUCCCCAAUUCAUGUUAAAUUCGAAUUUAAUCCCACACAAUAAGAUUAGUUAACAAUAACAUUUUCCCACGAUGCAAAAAUAAUUUGUGUUUAUUUCUGAAAGACGUGCCAUUUGCAAGCAUAUUUGGAGGCGAGCUUUAAGAUGGUCCUGCACAGGGAGUACAGGGUUGUAAUUGCACUAUAGGUAAUGAUGAAAAUUAUGUUUACAGUGUCUUUUUUUGUUUUUGUUCAAAUGUCACUUAGAACAGAGCUAGCAAGACUAGAAUGGCUUGAGAGGCUGAAUGUAAACUUUUAGCUCUGCUUUAGCAAAUGUUCCUGAACGGUCUUCCAAUAUAGGUAGUCGUCAGCCUUUUUCCCCAACUGAUCAAAUUUGAGCGAGGUGCAUCUGCUGCUUUUAGCACUCCAAAAAUGACUUGUACACAUGCUUUUAGUGAAUUUAAAUAUUGUAGAAAAUGUUUAUUUCACUACUGUAGUUCAAUUCAAAAAGAGAACCCAUAACUAUUAUUUUGUUUUGUAUUGAUGAUUAUAGCUAAUGAAAACUCCAUAUUCACCAUUUCUUUAAAUUACAUUAUUACAUAAUAAAAAUUAUUUAUAAUAUGGAAAUUAGGAAUUGGCCUUCUGAAAGGUGUUACUACAGUCCUCUUCAAAAGCAUUUGAACGGCAAGGACAAGUCCUUUGUUUUUGUUGUAUACUGAAGACAUUUGGGUUUCAGAUCAAAAGAUGAAUGAGACGAAAGUUCAGAAUUCCAGCUUUUAUUUCAUGGUAUUUACAUCUAUAUGUGAUAAACAACUCAGGACAGAGCACCUUUUGUUUGAAGCCACCCACUUUUCAAGUGAGCAAAGGUAUUGGAACAGACAUUAUUAAAUUAAUUUAAAGUGAAUAACAUUUAAUAUUUGGUGGUUUGGUGGCAUAACCCUUAUUUGCAAUAACUGCAUCAAGCCUGCGACCCAUUGACUUCACCGGAUUGUUGCAUUCUUCAUUUGAAAUGCUUUUCCAAGACUUUACUGCAGCCUCUUUCAGUUCUUGUUUGUUUCUGGGGGUUUCUCCCUUCAGUCUCCUCUUCAGGAGGUAAAAUGCAUGCUCUAUUGGGUUAAGGUCUGGUGAUUGACUUGGCCUGUCUAAGACCUUCAAACUUUUCCCCCCGAUGAAGUCCUUGUUGUGUUGGCAGUGUGUUUUGGGUCAUUGUCUUGUUGCAUGAUGAAGCUUCUCCCGAUUAGUUUAGAUGCAUUUUUCUGUAAAUUGCCGGACAAAAUGGUUUUGCAGUAUGCCGUGGCACCUAUUACGAUUGGGAAUCUGUGCCAUGAGGCCGAUUCGAAACGUACAGUCCCCUCCAAAAGUAUUGGAACGGCAAGGUCAAUUCCUUAGUUUUUGUUGUAUACUGAAGACAUUUGGGUUUCAGAUCAAAAGAGGAAUGUCAGAAAAAAGUUCAGAAUUCCAGCUUUCAUUUCAUGGUAUUUAUAUCGGGACGUGUUAAACAGCUCAGGACACAGAGCACCUAUUGUUUGAAGCCACCCACUUUUCAAGUGAGCAAAUGUAUUGGAACAGACAUAAUUAAACUAACUUAAAGUGAAUAACGUUUAAUAUUUGGUGGCAUAACCCUUGCUUGCAACAGCAUCAAGCCUGCGACCCGUUGACUUCACCAGACUGUUGCGUUCUUCAUUUGAAAUGCUUUUCCAGGCCUUUACUGCAGCCUCUUUCAGUUCUUGUUUUGUUUCUGGGGGGUUCUUCCUUCAGUCUCCCCUUCAGGAGGUAAAAUGCAUGCUCUAUGGGGUUAAGGUCCGGUGAUCUACUUGGCCAGUCUAAGACCUUCCACUUUUUCCCCCUGAUGAAGUUCUUUGUUGUGUUUUGGGUCAUUGUCUUGUUGCGUGAUGAAGCUUCCCCGUUGGAUGCAUUUUUUCUGUAAAUUGUCAGACAAAAUGGUUUUGUAGACCAGAAUUCAUUCUGCUGCUACUAUCAGGCAUUACAUCAUCAAUAAAGACUACUGAGCCUGUUCCAGAAGACAUUACCUCCACCAGGCUUGAGAGGAGGUUGUGUGUUUUGGAUCAUAAGCAGAUGCUUUCUUUCUCCAUGGCCUUUCCAUCACUUUGGUAGAGGUUAAUCUUGGUCUCAUCAGUCCAUAAAGGUUUGUUCCAAACCUUUUGUGGCUCAUCUCUGUAUUUUAUUGCAAAAUCCAAUCUGGCCUUAUAAUUAUUUUUAGUGAUGAGUGGUUUGCAUCUUGUGGUAUGGCGUGUAUUUUUCUUCUCUCAAAGUCUUCUUUGAACAGUGGAUUGUGAUACCUUCACCCUUGCCCUGUGGGGGUUGGCAGUGAUGUCACUGUCUGUCUUUGGUUGUUUCAUUACAGUUCUCACAAUGUUUCUGUCAUCAACUGCUGUUGAUACCCUUGGCCGACCUGUCCGUUGUUUGUUGCUCAGUACACCAGUCGUUUUUCUUUUUCAGGACAUUCCAAAUUGUUGUACUGACUAUGCCCAAUGUUUGCGCAAAAGCUUUGAUUGAUUUUUCCCUCUUCUCUGUUUCAAAAUGGUUUAGAUUUCUCCCAUAGGCAGCUCUCUGGUCUUCAUGUUUGCGUAACAGCAAAUGCAGGUUUCAGAGGUAAAACCCAAAUCCAAAAAGAAGAACUAUUUAAUGUUUAAGCAUCAAUCUAGAAGUUAACACCUGAGCAACUAGAAACACCCAUCGGUUACAUGUUCCAAUAUUUUUGCUCACUUGAAAAGUGGGUGGGUUCAAACAAAGGGUGCUCUGUCCUGAGUUGUUUAACACAUCUAAAUGUAAAUACCAUGAAAUAAAAGAUGGAAUACUGAACUUUUUUGUCUCAAUCAUCUUUUGAUCGGAAACCCAAAUGUCUUCAGUGUACAACAAAAACUAAAUAAUUGACCUUGCUGCUCCAAUACUUUUGGAGGGCACUUUGUGUUAAGUUAAUCUAUGAGUGUCAUUUUUUGUAGCGAGCAAUUGAAAUAAAUGAUCUUUUCUACCACUUUCUAAUUUGAGAUGCACCUGUAUAUUUCCUCAAAUAAUGGCCUCCCAUCUAAUAGACGCCGUGUCUCAGUUUGUCACCAGGUGCAUAGGUCCCUUAAAAAACUCUCCCAAAGAAAAGGUCUUACAGCUGUGCACCAUGACUGCAAGCUUCAAGAAUGACUUCACCACUGUUCAAGCAGGUGUCAAUAGCCUCGUUCACACAGAGGGAACACAAAAUGGCCACACAACAGAAGACCCAGAAUGUAUCCACCUUUUUACGUAGAACCCAGGAAAGUCGGGAAAUUUCCACAAUUGUGUGCUUUUGCAGAGCAACUCACAAACUUGAUUUGAUGACAUCAGCGCCAGCAUCUGAUGUGAUGUACAAAUACCCAGCAGGACAGCGACAAUUGCUUUCAGUGUCAGAUGUUAAACUCCAGACUGCAGAAUUCUCUUAUCCACAGGUGACUUCCUGGCUCUUGUAUGGCUUUGACACUACCAACUUUGGCUUUAUACACAGGUGCUGCCUCAGAAGGUAGAAUAUUGUUGAGCCAACAUUGUCCCACCUCCCAUUCCACAUUGCCAGGUCGACAUUACAAAUGACAGUGUGUUUUCAAUUGCUUUAUCUGGAUAAAUAAAAGGUAAAUCAAUUGGUGCCCAUGUAUGCAGAACAGUGACACUGACAAAGGUAGACAAAUUAUUGCUUUUAACAAAGAUUAUGACUCUGAUACUACCUCUGAAGGCGAGAGAUUGCUAGGUUGACUUCAUCCCCCUUAUUUUGCGUUGAUUCCAUUCAACCAGGCUCCAUUCAUCUAGGCAAUGUUGGUUGCCAUAAUGCCUCUGAUACUACCUCUGAAGGUACCAAAACACGAAAAAAGACAUAGAGAUACCAGACUUUUGAAGGCAGUUUGAAAGGGGCUUUUAACACGGGUGCAAUCCCGCCCUGCCAUGGCUCGACUACCUCCAAAAGCGGAAAAUUGCCAGGUUGACUUUAGCCUCAUUCCGUGUUGGGUUCCCUUCAUACUGAACAAAGGAACAAACAAAAAGCUGGCAAAAAUAAAUCUUUUACACCCAAUAUAAGUAGGGCUUUACACAUAGGUGGCAACCCGCCUCUGUUACUACCUCUGAAGGCGGAAAAUUGCCUGGUCAACUUUAGCGCCCCUAUUUCAUGUUGGUUUCAGUCUAGAGAACAAAGAAAUUGAUGAAAGGCGGUGUAAAGUGGCUUUUAACAAAUGUUCCAUCCCACUGCUGAUACUACCUCCAAAAGUGGAAAAUUGCCAGGUUGACUUUGGCCCCCUGGUUGAUUCCGUUUAUACAACAUGAAAAAUAAAGAGAAAAACUGCUGUUUGACUUUCAGGGAGUGUAAAAGGGGCCAUAUGCGUAAGCGCUGUCUGGCCUUUUUACAGCUCUGUUACUACCUCUUAAUGUGGAAAAUUGCUGGGUCUUCUUCACCCCCCCCCCCCCAAUUAUAUGACUUUUUAUGUGGUGCUCUUCUGUAUGAACUACACCAACAUGGGGGGAAAAAGGCAGAAACGUGUUUGACGUUUCAGCCAGUGUAAAAGGGGCUGCCUCUGUUGAGGUUCUGAUACUACAGUAGGCUACCUCCGAAGGCGGAAAUUUGCUUGGUCGACUUCGCGCCCCCUCACAUCCAUCUGGUGGAGCCUAUCCCAGCUAUCGCCGGGCGGGAGGCGGGGUACACCCUAAACCAGUCAGUCGCAGGGCACAUGGAAACAAACAAACAACCAACCAUUUGCACUCACAUUCACACCUACGGGCAAUUUAGAGUCUUCAAUCAACCUAGCAUGCACGUUUUGGGGAUGUGGGAGGAAACCGGAGUGCCCGGAGAAAACCCAACCAGGCAUGGGUAGAACAUCCAAACUCCACACAGGCGGCGCCGGGAUUUGAACCCAAGUCCCCAGAACUGUGAGGCAGAUGUGCUAACCAGUCGUCCACUGUGCCGCACAUUCUGGGGAAAAAAAUAAAUGCCCGAAGUACUGGAACAAUACUCCACUGAUCUAUCCCUAUUAAAUCCCUGAAUAACCCUUGAAUAAAAGACUUAAAAGUCUUGGCCACUGUUUGAGGAAAUACUGAAGUUCACUGGGAAUUCCCAAUGAAUAAUUGACCUGAUUUUUUUUUUUUUUUUUUUAUACCUAUAUAUUACUACAUUUUGAGUUCCUUAAGUUGAAAAUUGGAGCCAAUUAUGAAGUGCAUUUUUGUACACCAUGCACCCAUUAUUUUAGUGGAUGAUCAAACCAAGUAAGAUUAAAUUAUAUAUGAAAAAACAAUGUAUGGAAAUGCUACACUGUGGUAAAGGGGUGUGAAGCUGUGCCUUAGACUGUGACUGUGCGUGCGUCAGUGAUGCACACCAAGACUGACUGAAUUAAAUGCAACUUUAUUUUAUUUAAUUGUUUUUACUAAAGCUGUAAUUUUACUGAACCUGACCUCCAAAAUGGCUUUUUUUUUUUACCCAAUGUAAUAUUGAUAAUGGCGGAUCAUGUUUUUUAAAAGGAGAAAAGAGUGGGCAUCAAUACAAAAAAAAAAAAUCUGUGGUACCACUUCACAAUAUUGUAUUUUUUGUUUUUGUUUUGAUGAAAUCGCUAGAACACACUUGUAAAUGGCUUGUCUUAAAAAAAAAACAACUGGAAAAGUUUCCAUGGGACUAGAUAUCGGAAAAAUUAUAAUUAUUAUGUUACAACUGCAAAUAAUAAACAGUAUUGCAUAUGAAUAUACAUUUUGUUAAGAAAAUAAGCCAAGAAAUACAUUUUAAACAAUAUUUUGCAGAUGUUUCCACUUAUGGCAAAUCUAAAUAUUCCUGAUGGUUUCAUUUAUUAAUUUAAAGAAAUAUAUUAAUACAAUUCUAAUUCUCAUUUGACAUGACAAAAUAUUAACUAUUUCCCAAAAUGUCUAAAUUUCCAAAUGUGUUUUUAUAAAUAUUAAUCAACCAUAUUUGAUAGUACCUGUUAAAUAAGAACAGCAAUAUGUAAAAAAUACAUUUUAUUAUAACAAACUAAAAUAUUGCAUUAUAAUAGAAUCUUCAUGAAUUGAAACAGUGUUCAUUCAAUAAUAACCCACGUAUAAACUUUUCCGGUGUAUUGUAAAGUGGUAUCAGCUGAAAACACCCUUUAAAAAAAAAAAUAUAUAUAUACUUUUACAUACUUUUUAAAAACAUGUUUCCUCAUGUUUAUUGUCAUGAUAACCUGCGAAUGUCAUGACGGACUUUGUACUGACUGAAAGAGAAAGAAAGCCCUGAAAGAUUUUUCUGAUCUAUUUAAAUGCUCAUUUUCCUCACUUUGCCCUUCAGAUAACUUCACACCCACUCGUUCAUUGAUGUUCGUAAAUAAAGGGUGGUAUAAGGCUUCAAAAAACAAAGUUGAUAUGCAAAAAGAGGGAGCGCUUGUACCAUCAAGAUGCAUGCCAUUCAAAGCUAACCCGAUGAAACCUCUGACCUUUUAUGCACCGUGUAUUAAUGCUACUUUAAACACAAGACUGAAGUGUCGCAGCAGGCUGGCUUUUCUUCUUUUCUUGUCACAACAACACUUUGUUGGGCCUUUUUAGUGAAUGUUUUUUGUGUACAGCGAGAAGAGAGCGCAGGGAAUAUACGUCAGAUAACUCCCUGGUGGUGCAUUUGAAUCUUCAGCAGACUUUUGAGAAAGAAAAGAAAAUGCACGCAAAUGUUUGAAUGUGUAUGUAUUUGUCCUUGAACCAGCACUUUAGAGGGAUUUCAGGCAGGAUUUCCCAAACACUCAGCUCAAAGCGAAAAUUACCAAUCUAUGUCCUCCCAGGGACCGCAAAUUACCAUAGCGUUGACAUACAGUGGGUACGGAAAGUAUUCAGACCCCCUUAAAUUUUUCACUCUUUUUUUUAUAUUUGCUAAACUCAUUUAAGUUCAUUUUUUUUCCACAUUAAUGUACACACAAUGCCCCAUAUUGACAGAAAAAAACUGAAUUGUUUACAUUUUUGCAGAUUUAUUAAAAAAAGAAAAACUGAAAUGUCACACAGCCAUAAGUAUUCAGACCCUUUACUCAGUAUUUAGUAGAAGCACCAUUUUGAGCUAAUACAGCCAUGAGUCUUUUUGAGAAUGAUGCAACAAGUUUCUUACACCUGGAUUUGGGGAUCCUCUGCCAUUUCUCCUUGCAGAUCCUCUCCAGUUCUGUCAGGUUGGAUGGUGAAUGUUGGUGGACAGCCAUUUUCAGGUCUUUCCAGGGAAGCUCAAAUGGGUUUAAGUCAGGGCUCUGGCUGGGACAUUCAAGAACAGUCAUUGUUGGGACUGCAUUGGACAGGUGAUGAGCAGUACCUGGUUUUCUCCACACAUGCCACUUAGAAUUAAGGCCAACAAUUUCUAUCUUGGUCUCAUCAGACCAGAGAAUCUUAUUUCUCACUAUCUUGGACACCUUCAGGUGUUCUUGAGCAAACUCCAUGCGGGCUUUCAUGUGUCUUGCACUGAGGAGAGGCUUCCGUCGGGCACUCUGCCAUAAAGCCCCGGCUGGUGGAGGGCUGCAGUGAUGGUUGACUUUCUAGAACCUUCUCCCAUCUCCCGACUGCAUCUCUGGAGCUCAGCCACAGUGAUCUUUGGGUUCUUCUUUACCUCUCUCACCAAGGCUCUUCUCCCCCGAUUGCUCAGUUUGGCCGGACGGCCAGCUCUAGGAAGGGUUCCGAUCGUCCCAAACGUCUUCCAUUUCAUGAUUAUGGAGGCCACUGUGCUCUUAGGAACCUUUAAGUGCGGCAGAAAUUUUUUUGUCACCUUGGCCAGAUCUGUGCCUUGCCACAAUUCUGUCUCUGAGCUCUUCAGGCAGUUCCUUUGACCUCAUGAUUCUCAUUUGCUCUGACAUGCACUGUGUGCUGUAUGGUCUUAUAUAGACAGGGGUGUGGCUUUCCUAAUCAAGUCCAAUCAGUAUAAUCAAACACAGCUGGACUCCGAUGAAGGUGUAGAACCAUCUGAAUACUUAUGGGUGUGUGAUAUUUCAGUUUUUCUUUUUUAAUAAAUCAGCAAAGAUUUCAACCAUUCCAUUUUUUUCUGUCAAUAUGGGGUGCUGUGUGUACAUUUAAUGAGGAAAAAAUGAACUUAAAUGAUUUUAACAAAUGGCUGCAAUAUAACAGAGUGAGAAAUUUAACCCACUCACUUUAGACCUUACAUAAACUGAACAUUAAUUGGCACCACAUAAAGGAUACUGUUUAUCGAGGCUUACUUUAUACCCUUUGGGCCCCUGAUCCUCACGUUGGGCAACUGUAAUUUAGGGUCCCCUUCUGAAGAAAUGGUUUAUAAAUAGGUUACAUACAUAUUAAACAUGACUUUGAUAACAUCAUUAAAACUCAAACUAGGGUAAAAAAAAAAAAAGAAUUGGGAAU